CAUCGAUCGGCUUGCUCUACCAUCUAAGCUACAUCCCCCUCAGUAGUCUUUAGAUUUUCCUCACAAUAAAACAAAUCAAUACGAAAAAUACGAUUGAGCGUGUGUUAGUGCAACAAACAUAUAUAUUAAGAAAUUACACGUCGUUGGGAUCAGGAAGAAACGAAUGAAUCUGUAAUUCUGUUACUCCAAAAGUAAAAUGGGUGCUUUGGCGAAGCUUGUGGACGCCACACUGUUCGUCUUCUUCGUCGUGAUCGCGGUGGCAGCACCGUUAAUCGACGCGCAGAUAUGUCUGCCGGAGAGCCUCUUCCCGGACGCAUUGACUGAUCUCAAGAACUGGUACGCGCGCAGCUAUGGCGAUUAUCUGAUGACCCAGAAGCCUUAUUUCGUCGUUGGGAUCAUUUGGCUCGAGCUGCUCUUUCAAUGGCCUCUCGCGCUUGCCAACUUGUACGGAAUAUUGGCCGCCAAGUCUUGGUUCCACACCACCUGCUUGAUCUAUGGCGUUUCGGUCCUCACUUCCAUGGUUACUAUAUUAUCAGAACUGCUUCAGUCUGGCAAGGCUUCAGGUGACCUCCUAUAUAUGUACUUCCCUUUUCUAGGCUUAGGCAUUUUGGCCACAGUACGAGGGCUGCUGCCGCCAUCCAACACAACUACUUCGAGGAUUGGCAAGAGACCUACAUUGGGUAGGAAAAAGAAGGCUUGACGUACAACUGAACUUGCAGACACAUUUUGCAAUUUAUCAUUAUUUUGAUAGUUCAUAUAUGUCAAUUAUGUGUCCAUGUUCUCAAUUUAUCAAUAAACUCUUGUUAUGAAUGAUUGAAAGUUGUUGCUAAUUGGAUUUAUCAAUAAACUCUUGGUAACA